AACAAGUCCGGUAAUUACUCUCUCAGUGAGUUGGGGGAGCUGAACUUAAGCCUUGCCUUUGACGCCAUGGAAUCGUAUAGGCGUGCUCAAUGACCGUAUAAUUAUACGUAUUUUUUACAGUCUUUUAAUGGAGGUUGCGAAAAUAGGCUCCUAUAUAAUCCACCGCUGAAGGUUUGUGAUCUUCACUCGCUCAUUUUUCCUGGAAUUUACAGGCAGCAACCAACGUGCUCUAUUCAGAUGUCAGAAGGUCCACUUGGUACAGUGAAGCUGGAAAAAGAUGAGACCUUCCCUGUGAAGGAGCAGGGACAUGAUGAUCCUCUCAUUUCAGUUGCCCAGAGUCAAUCGGAUCAAACUCCUACAGAACCACUGCAAGAUCUGGCCAGAGACAAUGAGAGAGAAAAAGAGAUGGGGAAGGGCAAAGCGAAGGUGAAAGAGGAGAAAGAGAAAGAGGGGGAUAUGGAGAAAGGGAAAGAGGAGGAGAAGGAGGAGAAGAAGGAAGAAAAAGAAAAAGAGAAAGAGAGAGAGUCCUCUCCUUCUGAUGCGCAAAAUCAAUUGGUAGUUUAUCAGCCUGCCGAGGCAGAUGAAUCCGAUGAUAAUUUCUCAGACACAUAUGAUGCACCUCCAGAACCUCAGUUCCUAAACAAUCGUCGUGUUCGGACUCGAAAGGUUUUGCCCUCUAUAGGAGCAUUUACUGUCCAAUGUGCUACAUGCCUAAAAUGGCGACUGAUUCCCUCUAAGGAGCAGUACGAAGCUAUUCGAUGUCGAAUUUUGGAGGAUCCUUGGGUAUGUGAGAGAGCUCGAGAGUGGCGCCCAGACGUGUCUUGUCGUGAUCCACCUGAUAUCCGUCAAGAUGGAACCAGGCUUUGGGCAAUCGAUAAACCCAAUAUCCAACAGCCUCCCCCUGGCUGGGAAAGGAUCCUCCGGAUCAGAGGUGAAGGCAGCAGCAAGUUUGCGGAUGUGUACUACUCCACACCGACAGGCUCUAAAGUGCGCUCUUUGUGCGAUAUUCAGAAGUAUUUGGCAGCACAUCCUCAGUUUGUUGAAGGUGUUAGUAUGUCACAGUUUUCAUUUCGAGUCCCGAAGCCUUUGCAAGAAGGAUAUGUCAGAAAGCGGUCUCGUGCUCCCAAACCUGUGCCUAUUAUGCAUGCGCCUUUGAGAGAUGAUAACAGGCUCCCGCCUCCACUUGAGCCCACUAAUGAUGUGUUGCCUCAACCUCAACCUCUUGCAUGGGCAAGCCCAAUGCCACUAUCAGCCGUUGGGCAAAAUGGUUCCCCUCCCCGUUCUAACUUCUGGGAACCCUCGACUUCAUUUAUUCAACGCCCAUCAAAACGCCAGGUGCCACCUUCAGCUUUUCAACAGCCGGGUUUCAACACUUAGGACACUAAACCAAUGCAACCAUUGAAGACUAUAGUUCAAACACAGGGUUGAAGCCCAAGCAGAGCAACAUAUAUAUACAUCUUCCUUUUUUGGGUCUUGUUUCUGCUUUUAAAUUCUGUUUUGGUAGUUCUUUGGUUUUUCAUGUGUUUUUUUAAAGUGUCAUAUGGUGGGAUUUUUGGGUAUAUGUGGGGGACUUGUUGUGGACUUAUGUCUCCAUAAUUUUACAUGGUGGGUGGACUUCAAUAUAGUUUUGGAAAUUCUUGGUGGAUGGCUCUUGCCUUGUAUUAGCUGAGAGCCUUCCCUUGGUGUCAGUAGAUGUGUGCAAGGUUUUGUUGUAUCAGACUUGAUAAGCAUAACCCCUUUCAUCAUUUGAUCUUUUGAUCCUUUUC